GUAUUUCCUAAGAGAAAAACAGAGUAGAAGUGAAUAAUAAAUGCAAUGAUUGAAACUGCUUUGGCCAUCAUUUUCCCAUUCACACAAGUGUCUAUGGCACAGGAGCUGUUUUUACUGUUCCAUCAUCAAACCUGCAAAGUCUACCUUCAAGGACAACACAGAAGAAGCAUGAGAUUUGAAAGAAUAUCAUUCUUUUUAACAAAUGUUGGUAACUAUCUCCUCCUUCUUUCCAGCCUUCCAGCAAAAUUAAUCAAUGGAGGUAUAGCUGGCCUUGUGGGGGUAACUUGUGUUUUCCCCAUUGAUUUGGCCAAAACCCGUCUCCAGAAUCAGCAAGGACGAGCCGUCUACACGGGCAUGCAGGAUUGUUUGGUGAAGACAAUACGCUCAGAAGGGUUCUUUGGCAUGUAUCGAGGGGCUGCUGUAAACCUCACUCUUGUCACUCCUGAAAAGGCAAUCAAGUUGGCAGCCAAUGAUUUCUUCCGACAGUUGCUCUCCGAGGAUGGAAAAGAAUUGUCAUUGGUCAGGGAAAUGCUGGCUGGCUGUGGAGCUGGGACAUGCCAGGUGGUGGUCACAUCUCCAAUGGAAAUGUUAAAGAUUCAGCUACAGGAUGCUGGACGGCUAGCUGCUCAUCAGCAGAAGGCCCUGGGGCUGGAGGGAACAGCUGCUGCUACUUCUCAUCCGAAAGGACAGCCUUACGCCGCUGGGCCUAUGGCAGCCCCUAAACGCCCUUCUGCCACCAGGAUUGCACGUGAACUGCUGCGCACACAGGGGAUAGCAGGCCUGUAUAAAGGUCUAGGGGCCACUCUACUCAGGGAUGUGCCUUUUUCCAUAAUUUAUUUUCCACUCUUUGCCAACAUUAACAAGUUGGGACAGAAGACCUCUGAAGAAAAAGCAUCUUUCUUGCAUUCAUUUGUGUCUGGCUGUAUGGCAGGAUCUGUGGCCGCAGUUGCAGUAACUCCCCUGGAUGUUUUAAAAACUCGCAUUCAAACUCUGAAGAAAGGACUGGGAGAAGAUACCUACAAUGGAAUCAUUGACUGUGCCAGGAAGAUCUGGAUUCACGAGGGUCCUUCUGCCUUCCUGAAAGGAGCAGGAUGUCGUGCACUGGUGAUAGCUCCUCUCUUUGGCAUAGCCCAAGGAGUCUAUUUCAUUGGCAUUGGAGAAUGGAUCAUGAGCUUUUUCAAAUAAUACCAUCCUGCAUUUGAAGACUGCAUUAAGUUUGCACAAAUUCGAAAGAACCACUGGAAGACCAGUAGAACCAUCUUGUGACCAUUUUUGUGGGUAAUAAACAUCCAUUCAGAAAAAUGACCUACAAGAAAUACCAAUCGUGGGGUUUGCCAUUGCUUCUUUUUCUAACUGGCAGAUGACUUCCAACAAGGUAGAAUGUAGAUGUUGUGCUUCUAAAUAGAUAUACUUUAGGUAAAUCUUCAUAGGAUUAACUAGAUCUGAUAGAGCCUUCUUUGACUGAAAGCAUAUUUGAAAGCUUUUUUUCUUUAUCUGUUCAAUUGUGCCCAAUUCUUGGAGACUGCCUGGACAAGUCCCUGCAGUUUUCUUGGCAGGAUUUCAGAAGUGGUUUGCCAUUGCUGGCUUCCGAGGGCUAAGAGAGAGUAACUGGCUCAAGGUCACCCAGCUGGCUUUGUGCCUAAGGCGGGACUAGAACUCACAGACGCCUUGUUUCUAGCCUGAUGCCUUAAUCACUACACCAAACUAGCUCUCAUUUGAAAGCUACAGCAUCUGUAAAAACAACUGAAAUAACAAAUACAACAUGUAGCACACAGUGGAAGAAGAGGUAACUAUCUGCUCUUGGAGAAGUCAACCUGCACCCCUGAAUCUCCUCUGACUAGUCACUAAAAUUAGUGGCAUGGUUUUCUGCCAUUUUGAGUUUGGAAACCCUAAAAGAACUAACGUAAACCAUAAAAUAUGCUCAGCAUUACUUUUAAAAAAAGGAAAGAAAAUCCCCAAACUCCUUCCAAAAUGCAAGGGAAAAGCUUUUAAAAACCUCCAUCGCUGCAACCCUAGGAUACCCAAAAUGUUAAACACAGCUCCUGACCAUCAAGAUUGCCUGCUCUUGAUCUGCAUG